AAUAUUUUCGUUGUUCUUAAAAUUUCAUGUUCUUUUUCGGAGAUUUUAGUAAAUAUAGGAGACACGGUUACAGUUAACAAUAUGAAGAGCAUAGAUAUCAAGGAAAUGCUGCUCUUGUCCAGCACAGUAAAGCGGACAAUGUGGUUUCAGAAAUGCAUAAAAAUGGGCAAAGUAAGCUAUGCUGUGCGGUUUGAACUACGCGGAACGGAACUUUCUGUGCAGCACAUGAAACGCAUUAAUGCCCCCCAGAAGCUGGCGAAUCGUUUGAAUCGACGCCGGCAACGUAUGUGUCGACUUCGGAAGCACUGCCAGAUCCUAUCUGAGCCUAAGGAUAGCUGCUGUCAAACAGACACCAAGCUACUAGCGGACAAGGAGACUGAGACAAUAAUAAUGGCGACAAGUCACAAUGGAACGCAAACAAUUUGUAUGAGGACAAGCGACAAUGAGACACAAACAGGGAUGAUGGAGAUGCAAUACAAGGAAACCCAGACAGAGGCGAUCGAGACAAGAGAGACACAGGUCCAGGAAACGAGCACAGUGGAAGUUUCAGUGACCUCCAUGGAUGGUUGUAGCCAAACCCCCCUAAUACAUUACGUCCAUGCAAAGCUUGAUACGCAGGAUCUGAUUUUUAUGAAUUCACAGGAACAGCAGACGUUAAUCCGGCAUUUUACCAAUAGUGCAACGCAGUCAGAAGCUCCAAGGCUGGACACACACGCCAUCCAAGUUCAGUGCGAGGCCAAGACCCGCAUGACUCAGACGGAGCACAGCAGCAGCAGUGUGGGGACCCAGUUGGAAAAGAAUAGCCAACACAGUUACGCACAGACAACGCAACAAGAAAGCGAGCCAGCAGGAUUGCAGGAGGUGCUCUACACGAUAAUGGCAUCCCUAAAUGGACAAAUCGAAUUACUUCACAAUGGCCUGGAGUCCAUCAAUCAGCUGGUAGACCUAAACAUGUUCUGGGUGCUGACAAACAAGCGAAGAAAGGAGGCGAAACUGCAAUUUGAAACGGAGCAAGGGUCGAAGGGAGAUGAGUCGAUGAUACAACUACAAGCACAGGAGAAUCAUAAGCAGACCAAAAUCGUUCCAUUGCCCAAACCUGAACUCAUUGGGGACUUGAUGCAGCCAGAUGAGAAUAACUUACAGCAGCAAUUGGUCACGAAAAUAAUGCAAUAUGCAAAGCUCAAGCUGAAUGGUCAUCCUGCCAAGCGGCAGAAGCGCAAGCAUCGCUCUAGGAAAUCCUGGAACUGUACGCUCAAGUGCAAGGGCUGUGGUCUGCACAUGCAUCGCACAAAAACCGCAACAGUGAAAACAGACGCAUCCUUUUACAUCUUCAGGUGUCAGUACACCCAAACGGACAUGGAGAUGAAGGCCACCAACUUUGAUAUUGGCACGCAGACGGACAAAGAGAGAGGGUUCUGGACAUUGAAACGCAACUCAACGAAUUGAGAAGUCGGAGGUCCACUCGCACUUAUUUGUAUGUGGGUCUUACCAUAGAAGCCAAGUAGCCGAAGCUGUCGCUUUGGCCAUUGUUGCACUUGAUUUUGUUGUCUUAUUUGAAAUAAAACUGUUCUGUAUCGUGGACAGCAAUUGUUCACAUGCAGUAUUAAAAUUGCAUCGCU